AUGGAUGCGAAAGGCGAUAUUGCUGAGGUCAAUGUUGGAGAUCCGGUCACCCGGGGUAGCAUUGACAAGACAGAUGGCAUUGAAAUCGGCAACAAUGGUGUGGUCGUCGACCAUGGUCUUCAUCGAGCAUUGAAGCAGCGUCAUCUGCAAAUGAUUGCACUCGGUGGGGUGAUUGGGGCGAGUAUUUGGUAUGGCGUCGGAGCAUCAAUUGCUGCCUCAGGGCCUAUUGGCUCACUUAUAUCCUUUGCCGUCAUUGGACUUGAUGUCUUCUUCGUCAUGCAAAGUCUUGGAGAGAUGGCGACACUAUACCCUACUCCGGGUGCCUUCACCGAGUUGGCAGGCCGUUUCAUUGACCCUGCCUUCUCUGUUGCUCUGGGCUGGAAUUAUUGGUACUUGUGGGCCAGUAAUAUUGCUGCCGAAUACAAUCUUGUCGCCAUCUGCCUCAGUUUCUGGACAGACAAAGUACCAGUCUAUGGCUGGGUUUUGCUGUGCUGGGCCUUUUACCAGGCGAUCUCCCUCUUCGGUGUCAUCGUGUAUGGAGAACUUGAGUUCUGGUUGGCCUUAUGGAAGAUUUCUUGCGUGAUGGUUACAUACCUCCUCGCCAUACUGGUCAAUACUGGAGGAAUCGGAGGUGACUACAUCGGCUUCAGAUACUGGAAAGACCCAGGUCCAUUCGCGAAUGGAAUCAAUGGAUUUGGACAGUCUUUUGUCCUUGCGGCCGUGUAUCAUUGUGGUACUGAAUUGGUUGCCAUCACUGGAGGAGAAAGUCGCAAUCCUGCCAGAGAUCUCCCCAAGGCGGUCCGAGCGACUAUGUUUCGUGUGAUAUUCAUUUACAUGGGUAUCAUGUUCUUCGCCAGUAUCUCCGUGGCCUCUAACGAUGAGUUGCUUCUCACCCCCUCAAACAGGGCAAUCAUGUCACCAUUUGCAAUUGCUCUCAAGCACGCAGGCUGGAGUGGCGGUCCCCAUUUGAUCAAUGCAUUCAUCUUCACCGCGACAUUCUCCGCUACAAAUUCCUCCAUCUACAUCGGGUCGCGCACACUCUAUGCACUUGCUGAUCUCGGCCGUGCCCCGAAGAUAUUCCUGAAGACACUUUUCGGGGGUGUGCCAGUCUACGCAGCAAUUGCCACCAAUUUAGUGGGACUGCUGGCUUUAGUGAAUGCCGCCAGUGGUGCAGCAAAGACCUUCAACUAUCUGAUCUCGCUCUCCGGCGCAGCAACCUUCAUUGCCUGGGGAGGCAUUGGCAUCACGCAUCUGCGUUUCCGUCGUGCCUGGAGGCUCCAGGGUCAUACAGUGGAUGAACUUCCGUUCAAAGCGUUCCUGUACCCCUACGGUGCAUACUUUAUCACCGUGCUCAACAUUUUCCUGCUGUUCAUUCAAGGUUACGGAUCUCUGCUGACGCCGUGGCAUCCUGUGGACUUUGUCUUCUCGUACCUGGUCAUUGUGCUCUUCUUGGUUAUCUUCUUGUUCUGGAAGUUCUACAAAAAGUCCAAGCUGGUGAAUCUGAGGGAGGUGGAUCUUCUCUACGGUCAAAGACAGUUUUUGAGCAGUGAUAGCGAAGACGAGGAGAAGCCGUCGCUCUUCACCAGGGUUGUGCGCUCUGUCAGGAAUAAGACUAGCUCAUAG